CUACUCUCCCGAGAAGAGGGCAUGUCUAAAUUCUUAGCUCCCUUAAAAUGCAAAAUAGAGAAAAAAAGAUGAAAAGCACCAUCCAGACUGUUAUCAGUGAAAGAUGCAAAAGCCACAUUUUUAUGGUAUAGGUGCAUCUUCACACAGAACUGAAUUCUUUGUAGACGCCUAUAUGAGAUUUGCACACGUGGAUUUGGGCAGUUUAUCCCAUUAUUCAUGGCAGAUCCUCCAUGUCUGACAGGAUGGUGACUGAGUCUGAGUGUCUGUAAGUUUCCGUCUCAGGUUUUUCCUGAAUUUACUGUAUAUAUAACAGUGUAGUGAUGUUUAUUAUCGAACAUACAGUAGUACAAAAUAUCAUCAGUACGGGUCAGAGGUGAUCAGAUAAACACCCACCUCACCUCACCUCACCUCACACCAACUUCUUAUUCUGUAUAAAACGUUUAGUUUAUUUCACCAUUAUAUUCGGCGUGAGCGGGUGCUGGCGUCAUGUGUGUAUCAGGUGUGUGUGUGUGUGUGUGUGUGUGUGUGGUAGCUGGAAUAGUGUUGGAUGCCUCGACUGGUUGGUAUGUGUGUGUCAGAGCCGCUGAGGAGGUGACAUCAUACCAGCAGUGAGCGGUGACGAAUGGUUGGAGGGUGAAGGGAUGAUGUCAGUGUGUGUGUGUGUGUGGGUGUGUGUGUGUGUGUGUGUGUGUGUGUGUGUGGGGUGGGUGUGUAUAUAUAUGAGAGAUGACAGAAGGGAAAUCCACAGAGCUUUAGAGGGCAGAGCCGAGGCGUGUUGGGACGAAUCGAGGGUACAGUGAGGGAUCAGAGCGAUGGGAUUACUGCGCGUGGCAGAUCUGGUGACGGGAGCCAGGAGUGAUGGGAAGGACAUUGGACGUGUCAGUGUCCAGGCUGGCGAGUAUGAGAGCACCAUCACCCAGGAGAAACAGGAUGGGGGUUUUCCUAAUGAGGAGAGACCAAGUCCAGAACCUGAACUCACCCUGAACCUGGAUAAAUCCGGACACCUGAAGCUGGAGACGGUGGACGACCUGCUGAAUAUCUUACAGCUGAGACAGAGAAGAAAAGAGAGGAAGAAACAGCUGGUGAAGAAAGAACCAGAACCUGAGAUCCUGCCAGAGACGGUGGAUGAGGAGAUGUUUCUUAAAGCUGUAGAGGAGAAUAAAAUGAUCUUGGUGGAGAAGUUCCUCCGUGACGGUGGGGAUCCCGAUGCAUCUGAUCUUUUUAAGCGCUCUGCUCUGCAUAAAGCCUGUUAUCACGGUCACGUCCCCAUCAUACAGAAACUCCUGGAGUCUGGAGCUUCCAUCGAGAACAAAGACAAGCUAGAUGCCACUGCGGUACACUGGGCGUGUCGAGGUGGAAGUCUACCCGCACUGGAGCUUCUGCUCAACGAAGGAGGGAAAUUCAACUCCAGAGACAAGCUGUCGAGCACUCCUCUGCACGUGGCGGUUCGGACGGGUCAUUACGAGUGUGCAGAACAUCUCAUCCACUGUGGAGCCGAUAUCAGCGCUAGAGACAGAGAAGGAGACACGCCGCUGCACGACGCCGUCAGAAUCAACAGAUUUAAAAUGAUUAAACUGCUGCUGAUGUACGGCGCUAAUAUACGCAGCAAAAACAACAAUGGAAAGACGGCGAUUGAGAGUCUGUCUGUGUGGCAGAGCGGAGCAAAAAACAUCCUGUCCAACUUUACUGAUUCACCACCUACAGCCUGCUGAAGUCUGAGAGAGAGAGAAUGAAAACAUUAGUGUGUUUAUAAAGUAAAGAUCCGAGCUUUACUAAACUCUAAUCUAAUCGAUUUGCUAUUGCUGGCAAUAAGCAUCGAAAAUAUCAUUACAGGUUUUAUUGUGUGGAUGGUUGAAUGAUGAAGAAAUGCAGCUGAUAAUGAGACUGAUGAUGGGAUGGAUUUAUAAUCUCACCUUGGAAUUUCUUUAUGUUUACUGUGUUUGGCUGCACAGUGACCCCCCCCCCCCCCCCCCCAUCAUGAACAAAAGCUGAUUAAAGCACUAACAUCUCUAUAGAAUUAUUAUUAUUUCUAUUUCCUGAUGUGAAACAUCCUCAGAGCUGCACAGAGGUAUUUAAUACUCAAAACUGUAUUUUUACGAUGGUUAAAUGUUCCUUAAAGCUCUCAGUAAGUUGAUUUCUUGUUAUUUCUUUACUUUAUUGAGAUGUAAACGAUGGUGCGGUUGUAAUUUUUCCCGUCACUGCCAGUAAGAUCAGGAUUACACGAGUAAAGAACAGAAAGUGAAGAUGGUUUGAGGACGUUGAUUACAGUAUUUUGAGACAUGAAGUGAAGGUUUUUGUUGAAACUUCAGUGAUUUUUGUGUAUUUUUAUUUUGUAUUUAUUGUAUUAUUCCAGUUAGAUUUAUUCCAUUAUGAAGUUGUUUAAUUUAUUUGUAUUUGCUUUAAAAUGUCUGUUUCUUUAAUGGUUUUAAUAUUUAAUCUAGGAGAGAUUAAAAGCAUCUCAUUUUAAGUACAGCAGCCUCCACUUGCACUUAUGGUUCCUAAUUGUUGAUGCUGUUGGACUUCUAAAACGUCAAACAUUAAAUAAUUUUCCAUUUUUUCUUUCUUUUAUGUUAAAUUCAGUAAAUAAAACUUUAUUGUACACCCA